AUGCGGAUACGACGGAUACGAAAAGCGAGCCUGGCCUUCCUCAAGAAGCUCUGGCCGGGCAGGAGCAGCAACAGAAUCCACAGCUCGUGCGAGCUAGAAGGCGUAGCAACAGCGAAGGAGCAGCAUACAUGGACGAAAACCCGCGACAAGAGUCCUCCGCCAGCUCCAUCGUCCCCCGUCGUCGAUGAGCGAGAUCCGUGUCCAAUCUGCCAUGAUCCCGUGGGCGUACCCAACCCUGAAGGCAUCAUAGAGUCUUGGACGAAGCUACACUGCGGUCACGAAUUUGGCACGGAAUGCAUACAGACCUGGCUCGACGAGUCCUGCCAGCGAGACCCGAACAAAAAUCCGAGUUGCCCCAUCUGCCGCACCGUCGCCAAGCACCCUUGCGGCCACCUCGUCAGCCCGCCGCCGUACGCACCCAUGCAACACCCUCACAUGGUGGAGGUGGACAGCCUGACCUACCAGAACAGCGUGACAAGCGGCGCGGGCAGCUAUCAGUCCCCACGCUCCCCUCCCGCAUCCCCGACGCCGUCCUUGAGGGUCCCGCAAGUCCGUUACGGUUACAGCGCCAACGGAUACGCCCCGCACCGUCGACCCCGUCGUCGUCUGACUAGGAGGGCAGGCCAUCCACAGAACCGUAUCUGGGUUCUGGCACCCCGCCGGGCCCAGACCGUGGGCAAGUGCGCGGCAUGCGAGCAGAUAGCCGCCAUGGAAGCGCGCGCUGUCCGCGGUCGCCGACAGCUCAAUAGGGCCGACUCGGUCGUCAGCACGGCGAGCUACGAGAGCGAUGCCGCUACGGCCGGUAGUGCCAGGAAUGGUGCUGCUGGUAGCAGUGGGAUAUCGGGCGGCAUCAAGUCGCGGAUCCUGCCGAGCCUGAAGCGGCUAAGCAGCACUCAUAGGAGUUUCGAGAGAGCCGGCGCUGCUGACAACGAUCGCGUCCACAGCUUCCGCUACGACGGAAGCGACGAUAACAGCUCAGAAGAACGCGAGGACAUCGCGGGCCCCAGCUGGCGCGCACCGCUGCCGCCGGUCUUGUGUGGGGAGAGCAGCUCGACGCCGAGAGCAAUGCCCACGCCGCGGCAUAGUCAGGUGAUCAGAGUCUGA